AUGGUGACGCCCCACGAUGGUGAAGCCCACGAUGGUAAGGCACUUGAAGGUGAGGCCGACGAUGGUGAGGUCCACGAUGGUGAGGCCCACGAUAGUGAGGCACACGAUGGUGAGGCCCACGACGGUGAGGCGCAGGAAGGUGAGGCAUACGAAGAUGAGGCACACGAAGGUGAGGCAGACGAUGGUGAGACCUACGCAGUGAAGCCCACGAUGGUGAGGCCCACGAUGGUGACGCCCCACGAUGGUGAAGCCCACGAUGGUAAGGCACUUGAAGGUGAGGCCGACGAUGGUGAGGUCCACGAUGGUGAGGCCCACGAUAGUGAGGCCCACGACGGUGAGGCGCAGGAAGGUGAGGCACACGAAGAUGAGGCACACGAAGGUGAAGCCCACGAUGGUGAAGACCACGAUGGUGAAGCACAUGAAGGUGAGGCCCACGAAGGUGAGGCACCCGAUGGUGAUCCACUCGAAGGUGAGGCACACGAAUGUGAGGCACAAGAAGGUGAGGCCCACGACGGUGAUGCACACGAAGGUAAGGCACAAGAAUGUGAGGCUUACGAAGGUGAGGCUCACACUGGUGAUGCACACAAAGGAGAGGUCCACGAAGGUGAGGCCCACGAAGGUGAGGGACACGAUGGUGAGAAAGACGAAGGUGAGGUAGACGAAGGUGAGGCAGACGAAGGUGAGGCAGACGCAAGUGAGGCCCACGAUGGGGAGGCCCACGAUAGUGAAGCCCAUGAAGGUGAGGCACAUGAAUGUGAGGCUCACGAUGGUGAGGCACACGAUGGUGAUGCACAUGAUGGUGAGGCACACGAUGGUGAGGCCCACGAUGGUAAGGCCCUCGAAGGUGAGGCCCACAAUGGUGAAGCACAUGCAGGUGAGGCCCACGAUGGUGAGGCAAAUGAAGGAGAGGCCCAUGAUGGUGAUGCCCACGAUGGUGAAAAACAUGAAGGAGACGCGCACGAUCCUGAGGCACAUGAAGGUGAGGCCCACGAUGGUGAGGCCCGCGAUGGUGAGUCCGUCGAAGGUGAGGCACACGAAGGUGAGGCACACGAUGGUGAGGCCUACGACGGUGAGGCACACGAAGAUGAGGCCCAUGAUAGUGAGGCCCACGAUGGUGAGGCACAUGAAGGUGAGGCACAUGAAGGUGAGGCCCGCGAUGGUGAGUCCGACGAAGGUGAGGCACACGAAGGUGAGGCACACGAUGGUGAGGCACACGAUGGUGAGGCACACGAUGGUGAGACACACGAAGGUGAGGAACACGAUGGUGAGGCACACGUUGGUGAGGCCCACGAAGGUGAGGCACAUGAAGGUGAGUCCCACGAUGGUGAGCCCCAGGAUGGUGAGUCAUACGAUGGUGAGGCCUACGAUGAUGAGGCCCACGAAGGUGAGGCACACGAAGGUGAGGAACACGAUGGUGAGGUCCACGAUGGUGAGGCACACGAUGGUGAGGCCUUCGAAGGUGAGGCACAUGAUGGUGGUGCCCGCGAUGGUGAGGCUCAUAUAAGGUGA